AUGCAGGCGCGCCAGCGGUCGAUCGAGGACGAGGACGAGAGCGUCAGGAUCGCGGUGAGGGCGCUCGGAGAUAUGCGCAGCGGCGGUGGCAGUGGAGGGGGCGGGGUGGAGCGUGAGCGCAGCGGGCAAGCGAUGGGAGCGAGCUCUUUCCAGCCGACGCCCGCGCUCUCGAUGGCGUCGACCUCGACGUCCCCGACGCUCGCCUCGCCCGUGCUUGAGCGCGCGGAGGCGCUCGAUGCCGCGGCGGCCGCGGCGGACAGCGACUCGCCGCACUUCGUGUCGCGCAUGUCGACGCUCCCGAUCGUGAACACCGCGCUGCGAGCGUACGAGCAGAGCAAGGCGAGCUCGCGCGUCGUCAAGUACGGCGCGGAGAUGAUGGAGUCGUCCGUGAAGACCAUUUCGCGGCCGGUGAUGGACCGGCUGCCCGUCAAUCAACUCGACGAGUUCGCGUGCAGGCAGUUGGACAGGUUGGGGCGGUAUCGGGGCCGCGCACCGUCGGCAGCGAUGGAUGAGCAGGACGGCCAGAAUAGCGAGCGGGGGCGGGGGAGCUGGGAAUCGGGGCUGCAGAUACGGGACGUGUCGAUGACGCGCGGGGAUUUGGACGGGAAAAGCUACGGCUAUGGUUAUGGCUACGACGAGCGGGAGCAGAGCGCCGUUAGAGACGACGGGGUUGAUCGAUCGCCGACGUUGAGGGUGCAGAGCCCGCGUGAGGACUCACAGGAGACGGACCAGCAGCAGCAACAACAACAACAGGUCGCGCAGCGCAGUCGAUGGCAAGCUGUAUUGCUUGAAGCUGGAGGAAUCGGUGCGGCCGUGAGCGAAGAAAGUAUGCGAAGGCUGAAGUACUGCCUGCAAUGGCUGCAGUACGCAACGACACACAUCGACGGACAGAUCCUCAUCCUACGCGACUUCAUGGCCUCCCUGCAGCCCCCACCAGGCUCUCCGAACGCCAUCAACCCCGACGCGCUCAUCUCGCCCGAGCACAUGCGCCAGCUCCAGAACGUCAAACACGACGUCGUCAACACCGUCCGGCAGGUGGUCAACAUCGUGUCCCAGUACGCGGGCGGCGCGCUCCCCGAGCCUGCCCGCGCGCGGGUGCGCGGCUUCAUAUUGCACCUCCCGCAGGCGUGGGCGAGCGCCGCACGCAGGCAGGACGUGCCCACCGCCGCGGGCACCGCGGGGCGCGGGGGCCGGGGGACGCGCCGGAGUGGCAGGCGGGACCGGGGCGGCGAGGCGCCGUCGCGGCCGGCGUCGCCCUCGAGCGCGUCGAGCCCGCGGCAUUCGCGACAGACCAGCAGCGCGGUAACUGGGGCGGCGGCAGGGGCAGGGACAGGGACAGGGGCAGCUGCGGCGCUGCCGCCGACGGCGGGGAGCGCAACGCAGGCUGCGCAGCGUAUUUUGACGCUCGCGACGGAGAGCUUGGAUAUGAUGCGCGGGGUGACGGGCGUGGUGAAGGAUUCGCUGGACCGCGCGGACGCGUGGGUCGAGCGGCUGCGGGUGGUCGGGAUUCAGCGGCAGGGCGUGGGCGCGGGUGCGGGUGCGGAUACGGCAGGGGAGGGGGGGAGGGAGAGGCUGGCGCCGCCGUUUGAUUUGAUGCAGCAUCGUGGGGGCGGCAUCGCGAGCACGAGCACGAGCGUGACGUCGUCGCCUGUUGCGCACUCGACUGUGCUGCCGCCGCUGCGGUCGCCCGUCGCGGGAGCGGGGGGCUCGAGCCCGCUGUUGCAUGUGUCUUCUGGGGACUCGUUUUUUGGAGAGCCUGAGGGGCUGGGGAAGCUUAGUCUCGGAGCCUCGGGCGCGGGUGCUGGAGUGGGAGUGGGGGCGGGGAGCAGGAGCGGGACGGUUACGCCGGCGCUGGGGAAGAAGGGGAUGUUUGCGGAGGAGGGGGAGGGCGGGUACGUGGGCGGCGUGGGGAAUGGGCAUGGAGGUGGGGGGAGGGCGAACGGGGAGGGGGUGGAGGGGGUGGGGCAGAGGGCGGGCGGGGACGUGGAGGGGGAUGGCGGGGACGUGGAGGAGGGUGGUGGGGGGACGGUGGAGAUGGACGUGGACGGAUAGGCACGGUUAGUGCACGGUCGGGAGUCGGGAGUCGGGAGGAGUCGGGAGGCGGGGUCGUCGGUCCUCGAGCUUAAGGUCUGUCGGUGUGGAAUUCGAUCUAUUUAUGUAUGUUCAUUUCACUUUCACUUUUUUUUUCUUUUUUCUUGUAAUUGCUACUCGUUUCGUUUCGUUUCGUUUCGUUUCGUUUCGUUCUGCUUUGGUGUCCGCUGUCGACCGCUCACUGUCUUUGAUUAUACAUCGUCUCCGCUCGCGCCUCGUCCCCCUUCUCUCUUUUCAUCCGUGGACGCGCACUCACAACCCUCCUCCUUUCUUUCCUUCCUCCCUUCCUUCGCGAUACGCCUCCGACGCCACGUCGAUGUCGCAGCGGCUGUCGCGCCCAGGUUAUACGCUCGCCUGUACUCGCUCGUUUUUGCGCGCCCUGAUUUCGCUUCUCUGUCUCUGUCUCUGUCCAUCUGUCUACCUGUCCAUCUGUCCAUCUGUCUUUCUUUCUUUCUUUUCUUUCUUUCGUUCUGUCUGUCUGCCCGUGUGUCUCUUCUUUCCGUCCUGUCUCGUCUCGUCUCGUAUAUAUAUAUAUGUGGGCACGCACGCACGUACGCUCGUACGUCCGUACGAAGAUUGCGAGCUCCCAUCCCCCGCUCACCGCCGUCGCCCGUGGUCAGUGACUGGCUGUACAACAUUCUCGGAUGCCUUGUCGGGACUGCGCGUACCCUUUCAUGUACUCGUACGUGGGGAGGUUCGUUCGCGGUGUAAUAUGCGAAUGCUGCGCUCGGUGUACAGUGCGCUCAGUGU